CGGGCUGCUGUCGGCGCGAUGGCCGUCGCCUUGCCGGAAGUCGUAGAGGAGCUCCUGCGCGAGAUGGGCGCGGCGGCGCGGGAGUGCGAGCGAAUUCCUGAUGACCAUCUUUUAUCGCUGAAGUUUGUCUUUGGCUCAUCAGCUGUCCAGGCCUUGGAUCUAGUUGAUCGACAGUCCGUUACUUUAAUCUCAUCACCCAGUGGAAGGCGAGUUUACCAGGUACUUGGAAGUUCUGGCAAAACAUACACUUGUUUGGCUUCUUGUCAUUACUGCUCAUGUCCUGCAUUUGCCUUCUCAGUACUACGGAAGAGUGACAGCCUACUGUGCAAGCACCUCUUGGCAGUUUAUCUUAGUCAGGUUAUGAGGACCUGUCAGCAACUAAGUGUUUCAGACAAGCAACUGACUGACAUAUUGAUGGAGAAGAAAUAAGAAGCAUAAAUGUUUCCGAUGGUGCGUCAUUAUCUUUCAAAAUAGAAAUCUCAUCAGGAAAUACAUGUACCAGGUCAUGCUGUACAAGGAAGAAAGAUGAAAUGGAUCUUCCAGAUACUUCUUCCUACUGUCCGUUUUCCCUUCUGGACUGCCAGAGGGACCCUGGGUGGCAGCUGUGAACUGUGGAGGCCAUGCAUUUGGUUGGAAGCCUUGUGCAGCCUUCUCAUGAAAAACCUGAACCAGCCUCUAAGCCUUUUGAGUGAAAAAUGUCUGAGUAGAAUCAAGUGUGGUAGAGUCAAAUAAAACCUAAUCCAUGUUGUAUACACAA